UUCUCUCAUUCUCGGCGUUCUCACUUCCCAGUUCCCAUUCAUUUUCAUUUAGCGUUUCACGCUUUCAUUUUUUGUCGUCGAUUGCCGCACAUUGCUCGCUAGCAGAGCCUCGUGAGUCUGUGACAACCCUCACCUUGCGGUGUUGCCGUACCUUCGCCAGUUCGCUGUUCGCCCAUCACUCUCUCGCUCGAGUCGCUCUUCGUUAUAGUGGUUUCACUUUCCUCGUCGUUGCCGACUACCGCCCAUCACUCGCUCGCUGCUUCAGCUUCACGGACCACGGAACCAGGUUCGACUCUCUCUUUUGGGGAAAUUUGUCUUCUGAGUCGUUUGUUGGUUUUUGAUUUUUUUUUUAUUUUUCUUUUUCUAAUUUUUUAAUUUUUAUUUUUGGUUUCGUUUUUGUAAUUUUUGACAAUAAUACCAAUCAGUCCAUAAAAAUUUAUCCUUAAGUUGUGUUUGAGGUAGUUGAUUUCGAGCUUUGUACUUAGAUGGUAUUCAAUAUAAUUUCACACAAAAUAUAAAUCUGACAUCCAAACUUUAUGGUUCCAAACUUGUGUUUAGAGUUAAGUCAUUGGAAAAAAAUAGUAAAAUUAUGUUUUAAAAUUGGAAAAUAUUUGGAUAGAAAAAGGAAAAGUCAAAAGAUUUUACAUUUUUUAUGUUUCGUUAUGAAACUAUGUAGAAGAGGAAUUAGCUGUAUAGCAUCGUUCUAUUUCGAGCUAGGAAAAAAAAAUUAAAAAUGAAAGAAAAUAUGAAAGAUUCUACGUUUUCGUAUUUAAUCAGGGAGAAAUUUGAGGAAUAUAUAACUGAUUUGACAGAUAACUGGUUUGACUUCUUCCCAUUUAUGAUGAGUCUUGAAUUUUGUCUUCAACAAUUAAGAUUAGAAAAAAGUAAGCAAUUUGGUAAAAUAAAGGAAUAAAAAACCAUCAGAGUAGUGAAUCCCUAUCUUGAUUGAUCUAAUUUAGCUUGCUCUAUCCAAAUUUGUAAGACCAAUGUCAAUCAAGCCAAUCAAUCUUGCUAACCCAAACCUACUCAACUAUAUUUAAAAAUUGAGUCUCCACCCAUCACUAAAUUUAUUUGCCUUAAACAAUCAAAGAAAUAUAAAAGUGGAAUGCCAUGUGUAAGCACCUGAGAGAUUUAUGACUAUAUACGCGUGUGUAUGUUUGUGUGCGCAUAUACUAGAUUUUUGAAAUUAAAUGAAAAUUUAUAAAAAAAUUUACAAAAAUCAUGAAACUUAAAGUACUUUCAUUAGAAGGUUGCUGUAUUUAAAAUUUAAAACCUAUCAAUUACAAAAUAGCAUGUCACCAAUAACAUUUAAAAAUAUAAUUUAAUAUAAUUUUAAUAUAGCUCUAAAUAUUAUUAUAAUAUCUCCCGAGUGAGUUCCAAAUCCUACACUCGCGGGACAAUAUUGUCACAUAAAAACAGAAUAGACCCAAUCGCAGGUCGUCUCUUGACUCUCUUCCCAGUUCACUCCCUCUCUCUCUCUCUCUCUCUCUCUCGCUCUGCGUAUGUGACGACUGGCGUGUUUGUACCAUUUUGUAAUCGAAGGUCAAAAAUCGAAAUUGGCAGGUAAAUUUGAGACAAGAUUACUGAAUGCUGCCAUAAGACUUUCAUGUCUGUCCUUCAAUGGACGUUCAAACCCCCAAUUCCACGAAUGAACCCCAAAGCCCUAACUCGCAAGUUAGGGUUUCAGUGCAGUCGAUCAAUCUCGUCAUAGCCGGCUGGAUUCUCGAGUUCAUCCUUCGCCAACCACUCGAAGACAGCGUGAUGAAAGCUUUUCUCGCCGUUCUUCCUGUUUCCGACAGGAAUCCGCGCUUGAAGAAAACACUACUUUUGAGAAGCAUCAAAUCCGAGACAUCGAAAGGUUCGAUAUCGGAGAAGCUCUUGAAUUAUCUGGAGUUCAUCGAAGAGUUGGAUCACACAGAGGGAGUUGUAAUUUCAGAGUCAAUGAAAGACGCUUACUGUGCGGUGGCAGUUGAUUGCACGGUGAAGUGUCUAGAGGGUAAAGUGGACAAUCGGGGCAAGUAUUUCGAAGCUGUUCUUAGAAUUUGGAAGGAGAGGAUCUGUGAUUUGGAAAAAUCGGGGGCAAAUGAUUUGGUUUCGGAGCAACUGCGCACUUGGAGGGAUGAGAUUGAGGCUGCGGUUUGGGACACGACUGUGUGUAAAAUGAUACUGAGAAUGAACACUCGAAACAAUGCUCUGGUAUUGCUGGAAGUAUAUUUGACGGAAGCGUGGGAACAAAUGGGUCCUUGUUUUCUUGAAUUGGCUGCCGCUGAUAAAUUGAAUGAGGCAACCGUCGAUGGGGAAAUGCAGAGACCGGACAAGGAUCCAAUAGGCGAUCAAAUCGAGCAAAAGGCAGUGGGUUCAUCAAUUUCAGGUCACAAUGUGGGCAUCCCUAAUGAAGAAUCACCAGAUGCUGCGCAGGAUGUGGGCACAAGUGACGUAGACAAAGAAUCACAUAUGAGAGAUGAACUUUCCAAGCGCAAGCGUGUUACUAGUGGUGGUAGAUGCACUCGCCGAGCAUUGUCUGGAAAAUCUAGGGGGAUUAAGAUUAAUGACACAGAGGAAUUGGGUGCAGAGACAUUACCUGAAAAAUAUGACUGUCUGUCUUCGGCUGAAGUUUCUAGAAUGCAAGCAGCACUUAAAUCUAGUUCUUUGGACCUACAAGCAGUCGUGAAGGAUCCUCUGCCUGAUGCUGUAAACUUUGCUAACACUAUAGCACAUGAAAUGGCAAGGAAAAGAUUGAAUCAGGUCCCUUUGUUAGAAAAUCAGCAUAAAUCUAAUGCAGAUGCACUUGCUCAUGUAGUUGAUGCAAGUGUCAAAGCUGUUCAACUUUCUGAAGGCAGUUCUGGGAAUGUUCAUGUUGAGGCUGCUGAAAGAAAUGAGAGUAAUCCCACAAAUGAAGAUGCUCAAGGGAACGAAGGAAGCCCCAAAAAUCUUGGAGUCAAAGCUGCUCAUGCAAAUGAAGACAAUCCAGGGAAUCAGUGUUGCGGGCAUGAGAAUGAUGUGCCUAGACCCAGCUUAAUGGUACGGAAUAGUACUGCACGGACUUAUGAGUGGGACGACUCAGUUGAUGGUUCACCUGAUAGGCUUCGCUUACCUAGCCCAAGGAAGAUGGAUGUUUCUCCUUUGAAGAAGAAAGAAUUAGUGAAAAUUGUCAGAAGACGUCAAAUUAAGAGAUGGAGUUUGUUGGAAGAAGACACUUUAAGAACUGCUGUGCAGAAGUAUGGAAAAGGUAAUUGGAAGCUUAUUUUGGGUAUGUAUCCUGAUGUAUUUGAAGAGAGAACUGAGGUGGACUUAAAGGACAAGUGGAGAAAUAUGGUAAGGUAAUUAUAGUGAUGGAUACAUUAUUGCUCUCUUCUUCGUAUGAUGAGAAUGUGUUUUCCGCCCAUUUUGGUAUGUCCUUUUGCAGAUUUUGCCCUUGUGCUUUGAUAGAGUAAGGUUCUCACUUAAAUAGGUGUCGAAGUAAAAAAAAAAACUGUCAUUGGUAGAGUAAGGUUCUCACUUAAAUAGGUGUUGAAGUAAAAAAAAAACUGUCAUUACUCUGGCAUCCUCUGUAAACUUUGUGCAGUUCUUGUACAUGGUGAUUUUGUGAAUAUAAUUGAGGUAGUUCCUGUCCCAA